CUGGAGCUGGUCCCGGCGGAGGGAGGGCGGUACGGGCAGCCGGGCGUCCCAAGUCUUUAGACUUGGGCGGGCGCCUGCAGAGCGGCGCCUCAUUCCCGCGGCUCGCCCGGCGCUCUCCAGACGACUCCCUGCGCAGGAUGCAGCCGCUGAAGGCCACCCGCAGCCGGUCUCGCCUGCUCCUGCUGGCGGCGCUGCUGGCGCUCUUGCCCGCUCCGGCUGUAGGUCAGGUGGACCGCCGGCCCAAGCACAUCUGGACAGACCCGCUGCUGGGUCUCCGCCCCGGCGGCUCGCUGGACACCUCCAGCCGGCAGGUCCAGAGAGCCGCACAGACGGCUGUCAGCUACUUCAACUACCAGCAGGGGUCGCCCAGCUCGCUGCGGGAGCCGGGUUCUGUCAAGGCGGCGUCCCUUAAGGUUAUUCCAGGAGUUGGGCACAAGUACUACCUACAGUUCGUUACGGAAGACCUCCUAACUGGACAAAACUUGGGCAACUGUCUCGCCUCUGUGUUCUACCUGAAGUCAAAGCCUAAGCCGGCUGUUGACAUUAAUUGCCUCCUCGACAAAGACAGAGAUCAGCGUCAGUGGAAGGACCGUGCCUUGUACUCUGCCUUGUACCAGAGAAUUGCAAGAGAUAUCAAGCCCCCCCAGGAGUACCUACAGGGUUUGGGUGCUCUCGGCAGUAGCUUCCUUGCAUGGGAGAUGUCAACCGAGGACAUGGCUUACACUUUGACAGAAAUCAAGAAUGUGAAGCUGUGGAAAAGAGCCGAUGAUUUGCUGGAAUUUGACUACACUGUUGUGCUUGGUGGUGAGUCAGAAGAGUCUUCCCUUUCCUGCCACAUGCGUGUAGUCUGGAUGCCUGAGCAGCCUGCGGAAGUGAAAUAUGACUGCUCUUCAGAAGGCGCUUCUUCAGAAUCUAGUGGUUCUGGAGCGGAAUUUGGAUCUACUGAUGAUUUUAUUUUUCAAUCAGUCAAUGUUUAAAUAGGAAGGAAAGAAGCUGUGUUAUAAAGGUGUAAACAUUUUUUACAAGGUUGUGGAGCACCUUGCCUUAAUAUUUCAACUCUGUAUCAUGAUUAUUCUUCUACGUAAAUUACUGCUGUGUUUGAAGUUUAAGCACAAGUCACUUCUGAGUGACCCACUAUAGAAAUUCUUAAUAGGCACUUUUGCAAAUUGGAGUUACACACUUACACACAGACCACUGGACUUGCCACCAAGUUCCUGACAUUAGGAAGUUAUUCUGUAUGAAGCAAAGAUAAUAUAUAUGAACAACAUUCUUGAAGGUUUUAAAACUACCAUUUUAAAAGAAGCAUUUGGGAAAUAUUUAAGUGUAUGAAAAUAAAUAUUGGACCUUUUAACAUCCAAUAAAACAAAUAAAUUUAUGUCUUGUGGACACUGCAUUAUUCCGUAUUUGCUGGAUUGCUUCAAAAUUCUUUGUACUCUUGGCAUGUAAGACACCUUGAAUAAGUAGGAAAAAUGGAAAUGGAUAAAGUGCCUAGUUUUGCAGAA